AUGCCACCAGCUCCUCCGAAUAUUCCUGGUUACUAUUUUGACACAACAAGAGGAAGAUACUUCAAAGUAACGAAUGGUGCUAUACCGACAAAUGAAUCCACAACAAAUCCUACUUCUGACUUAUCCAAAUAUCACAACAAUUCAAUUCAAGCUGAAAAAAGAACUCAAGAAUUUGAAGAAGAAGAAGCCAAAUUAUUAAAAGCUGAAAAUGAUCGUAAAAGAAUUCAUUCACUGGAAAUAUAUAAAGAUCCAAAAAUUAAAAAUCCAAUUAAAAAAAAUUUUGAAUUUAAUGAUGUAAAUCAAAAAUUUAAAUUUGAUUCUUUAAGUUUGUUGAAUCUAAAAACUGGUAAAAUCAAUUAUUUAAAUUCAUAUUGGAAUAGGGAUGUUUUAAAUCGAAUCAAAUUUAUAGGAGUUAAAGAAAUUGAUCGUGAUGAUCAUUAUGCUUUACCAAGAGGUCAUAUAAUUGGGUAUGAUAAUGAUGAUUUUGUUAUUGUAAAAAUAAGACCAAAUGAGUACUUUUGUGAUCAUGGGGAUGAUAUUAAUUGUUCAUAUUGUUGGAAAGCUUCUCCAGAAAUUUUUAAUUGUAAAGAAGAAAAACUUUAUAAAGAAAAUCAACCUUGGUUUUUUAACGGUGAUUUUGAAGUAGAAGCUAUGAAAAAUUUAUAUGAUUUUAAAAUGACAUUUGAAGGUGAAGAAAUUGAUUCUAGAGAAUCCGGUUACAUUAGUGAUUUUAAUCCUAAAGCUAUACAAAUUUUAUCAGUCCUUAAAAGUGGAUCUAAUGACAUGAUUAACGUAUUGAGAUUUUGCCUUUUUAAUAGGGAAAAGAAGAAGUUCACUGAUUUGACAUUUCAAUUGGUGAAAUUUUUGAAAAAUAAUCUUGAUAAAUUAAAUAAACGUGGCUUUGGAGUAAAAUCUGCAUUAGGUCUUGGUAAUGUUGAAUUAAUUGACAUAGAAUAUAAAAAUAUCAAAGAAAUUAAUGAAAUUUUGAAGGAAGAAGAUAUUUAUUCAAAUCGUAGAAGAUCGGAAUUGAAUAAAUUUUUAUCAUAUUAUGAUGGUUUAAGACCAAAUUUUGUAUAUGGAUACACCGAAGAUAAUUUUGAACCUUCUGAUUUGUUAUUUUUAGAUGGGAAAAUAAUUAAUAAUAAAUUUUUUUUACUUUUCAGUGGUGGUGAAGUAUUGAUUUUUGAUUUUAAUCCAAAUACUAAAAAAUUUUCAAAUUUUAAAUUUUUAACAACUUCAUUAAAAUUACCAGAUUAUGGUACGAAAUUAGAAGUUAUAGGAACGAAAUUAUAUAUUACUACACGUUCUCAAGUUGUAAUAUUAGAUUAUUCAAGUUCUGAAAUAAAAUUGUUCAAAAAUUUACAUAAUAGAAGAAUAUUUAUUCUUUCUCAUAAUAAAUGGUUAUUAGUUAGAGAUAAAGAUAUUGUUAUGUAUUUCCCAAAUUGUAAUAUAUUUAAGAGAAUAAUAGUUUAUAAUCAUGGAAAUGCUGUAUAUCAACAAUUUGAAAUUAUAAAUGAUAAAAAAAGAAAUAAAAAAUAUUUGAUUUUUAAUAUGAUAAGUAAAGCAAAAGAAAAUGGAGUUGAUUUUAAAUUAGUUGAUUUAAAUACUGAUGAUGAUGUUGAUGAUGCAAGGAAUGAAAGAGAUUAUGAAAGUAUUGAAUUUAAAAUUGAAUUUCAAUUUUUAAAAUUUGGUUAUCUUAAACAAUAUGCCUUAAUUCAAAUUGUUGAUUUGGGAGAACAAGAUGGGAAAUUACAUAUUGGAUUUCUUCAUGAAAAUUGUAAAUCAAGAAACACAAUUUUUGAAUCAUUUUUGUUUUGA